CUUCUGAGAAGUGUCAAUUAAUUGUCACUCCCUAUGAGGAUCCUUUCAUGAUCGACAAUUUCUUACACUUUAUCGUCUAACACAUACCUUGUUUAUCAUACCAAGAAUGAGAAAAUUUACGAGGAUCAGUAAAAUUAAAUUAUAUUUCUUGUGAAUUCACUAUCAACAUUUAAAGAUCUGCUUAUAAUAACUGGGGCUUAGAUUCCAGUCUUGAGAUGUUGAGGUUGUUGAAUGAAUUUCAGCUUGUAAAUAGGUGUACAGAUUACUAUGACAGUGAACUAUAGUAUUCUGACUUUUGAACGUUUUUCCUCAAAAGAUUCUGUGACAAAUUCACGAUAUGUUUCCGCGAUUGAAAUUCUCCGUGAUAAAACGUUUGUGAGCAAAUGUUGAAAUUUUCUAGUAUCUUAUUUAGUCAUCGGACAAUCUUUACUGUUUCGGCAAUUUUGGGAAAGGUGUGUACAAGAAUACAAAAUUUAGUUGAGAAUUUUUUAUUUUUGAGGCAAUUUAUGGAUGAUUGAAGAGAAAUCAACGAAAGAACAGUGUGAAAAAAUCGGAUUCUUCACUAAUUUUCUCCUCGGUUUAUCAGCCUAUUUCCAUGAUAUUGAUAUCACCGGAAAGCGCAGAAUGCAAGCUUUAUAACGGUGUAUCAAGUAUAUUUUUGUGAAUUUCUGUUCAGAAGUUACAAGUGUUUUUAUUCAGUCUGUUGAGUCAAUGAUGGUUUAAGCAGUGUGAUAGAAGUGACAUAGACAUUCCGAUUGAAUUAUGGUGCGUCGUGGUCAGGAAAAUAAAUUAUAUAAAAAUGCGAUAAGCUUGUUUAAUGUAAUCUAAUAGAUUGACAAUCUGAUUUGAACUGGGAUUGCUGACGUACCUGUUUGAGUGAUAAUUGGCAAUGACUGUUUCUGCUGCGGUUAGCGGUAGUACAUUGGUGACUGCUCCUUUGUCUGGUGGUGUUAGGAAAUCGACAAAGUCAAAGAAAACACCGUCAGUUCAUCCUCCAUACGGAGAUAUGAUAAACAAAGCCUUAAAGGAGCUUAAGGAACGCGGUGGUUCGAGUCGUCAAGCCAUUACUAAAUACAUAAAGGCCAACUACAAAGUGGAUGAUCGUGCUGAAAGUCAUCUACGUCGUGCGUUGGUUACUGGUGUUAAAUCAGGCAAACUUGUUCACACUAAAGGAGUUGGUGCAUCUGGAUCAUUUAAACUUGCGGAUAAAACUGUCACACCGAACAAAUCAUCCUCACAUCCUAAAACUUCAAAGCCAAAAUCCACUGCAAAGAAGCUGUCUAGCAAGAGGCCUAAAGUUGCCAAACCGAAAUCAACUGGCAAUCCACCUAGCAAACCAGUAACUUCGAAACCUAAAACAACCAACCGAAAAUCAGUUGUUAAGCCGAAGAAGACGAAAUCACCUCGUAAACCGAAAACAAUGAAGCCUAAGAAACCAAUGGCAAAGAAGACUCCGAAAAAAGUUGCUAAGAAAUGAAUGUGGUGUUUAUCUCUAUUAUUGUUAUUUUACUCACUUGUAUGUAAGCUCCAUACUUGUUUCGUGUACAUAGAUUUCUUUAACAACAACAACAACUACUACUACUACCUUUACUGUCGUCAUGUCAGAUUGUAUUUUAUUUAUUCUACAUAUAUUUAUAUAUAUUUAUCUUUGAUCAUCAGUAAAUGUGUACAGCCAUCCAUUUACUAUAAUAGGGUUUCUUUAUUUUUCUCCGACUAUUGGUUGGGUGUGUAGUAUUUAGGUGGAGUAGACUGUUGUUUCGUUUAUGACGACGGAUUUGAUUUUAUCAUCAUCAUCAUCAUCAGCAGCUUACACAGUGUUAUUUUCUUUUUGUGUGUGCGUGUAUGCGUGAUUCUACAGUUGAUGUUUGAUUUUUGUUCAGCUCCGUAUGUGUCAUACUCAGGUGUGCAGCAUGGUAUCAUUACAUUGUUAAGUGUAGUUGGUGCAUUGUUGGCAUUAUCAAUCACAAUGUUGUUGAUCGGUUGGUUUGUGAAGUCGAGACGACGUCAUUGGCAGAAACUGCUGACUACUUACAACAGAUCAUGGUUGUUAGGACAGUGUUAUUCACGAGUUGAGAAUGAUGACGGAUUGCUUCAAUUGUUUCGGACAAAGGAUGGGCAUCGUGCUGUUGAGUCUAUUAGCAGGGAACCUGAGGUAUGUUUCUAACAGGCUUCACCCAGCCAUUUCGCUUUCUCUUUAGUGUUUAUAUGGCCGAUGAUUUCCGGUAUCUUGUGUUUGGAAUUCGAUACUUUCAGUCGAUUAGUUCAUGAAUCGAGCCACUGAUAUCGUUCUUAAUCCCACCAUCCGUUCCUAACGACAUCAUUGCUUAUUCGGUUGUUCCACGAUGUACAAGCAAUGCUUCUUAAACAUCUAUG